CUUAUCGGACCAGGUGGAAAGCCCGGUGAAGUGCCAACUGAUGAAGAGCAAUCUACCGGUUUGGAGCGAUUCCAGCUGCUUGGAAAACUCGAAGGUGUAGAUGUGUUCGAUAUGAAACCUUUGGAGAUGACUAGGUUGGGAACUGUUGAAAGUCCUAUUCCCAUUUACUCUCUCUUCCCAGAACGACAUGUUGGAUGCACUGGUUAUCCUGCCGAUUCACACGACACUCUCUGGCUCACAGUGAAUAAUAAACGCAAGAAUGCUCGUUGUCCAGAGUGUGGAUGUGUGUACACUCUUGACUUCAAAGGCGACCCUGCUUUGCUCGAAGGGGGGCAUGACCACCAUUAG